AACUCAGCAAAACUACACUCAGAUACUCGAAUCAAAUCCGAUUUGCUCGAAAGAGGUAUUGGGGACUUGCCAAAAUCGGAACCUGAGGAUAAGGACAAGGACAGAAAUGGUGAAGAAAGCGAUCGGAGUAGGAUCAGCCCCUGCGGAGAGCAGCGAUUGCAGGUUCAAGGGAGUGAGGAAGCGGAAGUGGGGAAAGUGGGUGUCGGAGAUUAGGCUUCCCAACAGCCGCGAGCGGAUCUGGUUGGGGUCCUACGACACGGCGGAGAAGGCCGCAAGGGCCUUCGACGCCGCUCUCUACUGCCUCCGUGGCCGCACAGCGAAGUUCAACUUUCCGGAGAAUCCGCCGAAGAUCGCCGGCGGAGGAUCCCUCACUAGGUCGGAGAUUCGAGCGGCAGCCGCCAAAUUCGCAAAUGAGGACUCUUCUACUGCCUCGACCAGCCACUCCAGUCACUCCAUGCCCGAACUACAAGUGGAGUCUCCGUCGCCGUCGGUCUCCGGAGAAACGACCCAGGUGGAAACGGACAGUGAAAUAAAUUUGGAAGGGUCACUUUCAGAAUUAUUUACAAGCAUAGGCUCCAAUAGUUAUGUGCCGGACUAUGGAAUAUUUCCUGGAUUUGAUGAUCUCUCAGACAAUUUUUUCCCACCCGCAAUGCCUACAGAUGACUAUGGAGAAGAAGACAUGAAUGCCCUUUUCUCUCACGACACAUUCCUUUGGAAUUUCUGAAGGCGCUGAAUUCAGUUGCCAGCACUGAGUCAGAAUUCAUUCUUUUCAACCAUUCUUUUUCCCGGAAAUAUUUUUGAUUCCGGGAAAGGGAUCGGAUUCGAUGGCUAGUUUUAGUACAGCCUCUACUUGCCUUGGUAUAUUCUUUCCCGUGUCACUCUCCAUUCAAUUGUCAUCAGAAAAUAUGGGAGCUGCGGAUUUUGUGAUUUUCUCUUGUUUUUUGUUCACUUGUGAAUUCCAAUACGAUGUCUAAUUUUCAUGUAAAAGUCGGUCUCCUUUUUGUGAAUCACAAAUGUUUGAAUU